AUGAAGGCUUCAAUCUUAGCAUUUUGCAUCAUAUAUUUAGCUUUCAUUUGCAAAACUAUUGCAGCCCCUGAACCAGUUCUUGACAUUUCAGGUAAGAAACUGAUAACAGGUGUUAAAUAUUAUAUUUUACCAGUCAUUAGAGGAAAAGGUGGUGGUUUAAAUGUCGCAAAUGUAAACAACCUCAACAGCAACAAUAACACAUGUCCCCUUUAUGUUGUUCAAGAGAAGCUUGAAGUAAAUAAUGGUGGAGCAGUUACUUUCACACCUUAUAAUGCUAAUCAAGGUGUGAUUCUAACCUCAACUGAUCUCAACAUCAAGUCCUAUGUAACAAAAACUACCUGCACUCAAUCACAAGUUUGGAAGCUUCUUAAAGUUUUGUCAGGGGUGUGGUUUUUGAGUACUGGGGGUGUAGAAGGUAAUCCAGGUAUUAAUACAAUUGUGAAUUGGUUUAAGAUUGAGAAAGCUGAUAAAGAUUAUGUGCUUUCUUUUUGUCCUUCAGUUUGUAAGUGUCAGACUUUGUGUAGGGAGUUAGGAUUAUAUGUUGAUGAUAGUGGCAAUAAGCACUUGGCUCUUAGUGAUCAAGUUCCAUCAUUUAGGGUUGUGUUUAAAAGGGCUUAA